AUGGCUUGGUAUUACGGAGUGAAUAACUCGGACCUGUAUGGAUCGAAUUUCUCCACUGUCCUUGCAGAUGCUCCGCCGCCUCUUGACGACACAUUCGACGAAGAUGACAAUGAAAUCGUUUUCCGAAACGAUGUAAACAAAUCAAAGAAGUAUGGCGAGAAACCUGUUGCAUCGCCGGUGAAGAAGACCCAGUCAAGCGAAGAAAAAUUCACGGAGAAAUCAAAAUUAGGUGGCAGUGUUCUAAAGGGCAAAAAUGAACACGACACGGAAGAAGGCGACGAAGAGUCAGAUUUUGGGGACUUUGCUAGUUUUGCGGAUUUUGGCUCAGCUUUUGGACAAGGCAAUGGCAGUGGCGAAUCGCAAGACUGGUUCACUAGUGAUGACAAUAGUGAAAAAUCUCUCCAAUCUUGGGAUGCAAAAAGCAGCCAACAAGGUCCUUCUAAUAAUGUGGAAAAUGGUGUCGAUGACUCCGACUUUGCUGCUUUUCAGGCAAAUGAAGACAGUGUAAAUAUACAGGAAAGCUUACCUAAUGGGAGUUCUCACCAGGGAAAUUCAGACAGUGAUUGGGUUAAUAGAAGUGCACCUACAAAUAAUAACAUUAAUGGCAGUUAUGAUUUAGAAUCUGAUGAUGACUUUGGUGAUUUUGCAACCACAGAGAAUGCUAUCACCAACGCUGGAGUGACUGCAGUGAAAGAUGCUGACAAUGGUGAAACAGCUGAUAACAGAUCGGUUGCCCAUCAUGGAGAUUCAACCAUGGAUGUCAAUACAAAGGCAUUGUUUCAUGACGAUAGUAAAAAGGACUGUGACAUUCUAAAGGAAUCAUUGUCUGAACAGAGCAAAGAGUUCAAAACAGAGAAGGACACUGCUUCAAAUGCGUCCUCAGAGAGAUUUUUAGGUUUUGUUGGUAGUAAUCAUGGAGAUCAAGAAUCAAGACAGCUGGAUAGCUUGUCGGCAGAAGUGACCAGUAGUGAAAUCCCUACAACUGUAUUGGCUGACAGUGAGGAAGGAGCUCAUAUUAAUUGUGUUUCUUAUGAAAGCACUAGGAUAAAACAAUCUACUAAUGGGGAACAGCUAACUGGGAAAAAGUGCAACACUGUGGACUCACAGAACUAUACCACCCUUGAAAAGGAUCCAGCCAAGUUAUCGCCAGAACCUUCUGAACUGUGUAACAGCGAUGAUUUUGGAGAAUUUACUGACUUUAAUGACAUGCCUUUACAACAAUUUAGUGGUCAUAAUGAAUUUGUGCAAAAAGACAUUUCACCAGUAGCACCUGAAGGGGAGAAUGACGAAGUUGUGAAGGGUGAUUCUUCAUUUGUUGGAACUGCAUCCACAAGAAAUAAAUGUUAUAGUGAUGAUGAUGAUGAUUUUGGGGAUUUUGGCUCUUUUGAAAAGAAACAUGGUAAAAAAGAUGAGACAUCAAGUGAUUCCAUUACAGUUGAUGCCAAACUAACUGAAUCAAUGGUUAAUAAUGAUCCUUUUGGUGCUAAAGCAUCAUCUAUACAGGAUAAGGACACUGAUAAUGAUUUUGGAGAUUUUGGUGCAUUUGAAGUAAACCACAGUGAAAAAGAAGAAAGAACUGGCAGUGUUGAUUCCGAGCCCAAAUCUCUGUCUAAUCAAGAAAAGGAUAAAGAUGAUUUUGGAGGUUUUGGUGUGUUUGAUUCAUUCAGCAGUGAUACUUGUGAGGAUAAGGACCAGAAUAACAGCAUUGGGAGUUUUAGUGCUUCGGAUUUAGAAGAAAAACCAAUCAAAACUGAAGGUCAAAACAGUGAUGAUUUUGGAGAUUUUGAUUCAUUUAGAUCAAGUGUCAUGAAUUUUCAAAAAGGGUGCUGUGGCAGUAGUGCUAACACUGAGACUUUUGGCAGUUUUGAGUCAAAUAUCAAAGAUUUUCAAAAAGACAAUGAAAGGUCAAAUGACUUUGGAGAUUUUGGAACUUUUGAGUCAAGUGUAGAAAAUUCUCUAAAUAAUGGUCAAUGUAAUGAUGACUUUGGAGGUUUUGAUGGUAAUGAAUCAAAAACCAAAAGUGUUCAGGAGAAGGAUGAAAAUACUGAUGAUUUUGGAGAUUUUGGAAGUUUUGAAGCAAACUCAAAAGAUUCUGAAAGUCAGAAUAAAAAUACAGAUGACUUCAAUGGAGAUUUUGGAAGUUUUGAGACAAAUGCCAAAGAUUCUGAAAGUCAUAAUGAAAAUGGUGACAACUUUGGGGAUUUUGGAAGUUUUGAAUCAAAUACCAAGGAUUUUGGACAAGAUGCCCAGUCUGGCUUUGGAGAUUUUGGUGCAUUUAAGUCCCAGGAUUCCAUUAAAAAGGAUGGUGGUGAUGAUGAUUUUGGAGAUUUUGGUGGUUUUGAGACAGCAGAAGAAAGAGUUUCAGAACAAAAAUUUGAAGGUUUUAAAGCUUCCAGUACCAAAGGCGAACUGAAGCAAAACAUCCAAACAAAUGAAUUUGGUACAUUUGACUCCAAAUCAAAGAAUUUAAGUACUGCUAAACAAACUGAUGAUGACUUUGGGGAUUUCAGUCAUGGAAAGGAAAACAAGUCUGGUGGUUUUGCUUCAUUCUCAAGCUCUAACUCUAAUUUGACAGCUAGUUUAGGUGCUUCCACUGACAAAAACACAAGCAUAAAGCAACAAAAAACAGAAAUAUUGCAACAUUUCAGCCCUGGCAUCAAUUUUGUGAUCAAGCAGGCGAGAGAUUCGAUUUCUGUGUGUUUUACCUCAGAAUUGAAAAACAAGUUCAAUUCACAGUGUACCAUUUUAUCCUCUCGCAUUGGAAAAAGUUUACACAGGUAAGUUGCCUGUUUGAAGAGUAAUGAAAGCUGUCAGUAGCUUUGACUAGUGAAGCAAAGAGGUUUACCCCUGAAAGAGGGGAGGGGGGCUACUCCAGAGUUAAAGUGAUGGAGUUAAUCAAAAGGGGGCAAAAUCAAUACCCAAAAUAAUCCCUAGGGCCUCGAAAAAACCCAAAAAAUCCCCUUAACCAAAAGUUAACCUAUAAGAAAUCCUAUGCUGUAUUACUGAGCCAUAAAAUUUUUCCAUAAAGAACUAAAAGUAUAUAGCAUGCCAAAAAUAAACAGAAAUUGAAUGUUUGUGUUUUUUUAUUGCAAUGCUGGCUAAGGCAUGCGGCACUACACUUUAGAUUAGUUUAAAUACCCCCCCCCCCCCACCCCCCCCCCCCCAGAACCUACUUAAAUCAAUUUUCCUGCCCAAAAAGUUCCUAAAAAUAUGGAAAACUUCAAGCCCCCAAAAAUCCUUUGAUCAUCCCAGUCAGUUCCCCCUCCCUUCCUUUCAGGAAGUUUACAUUGUUUUAACUGCUUAAGCUAUGAACACAAUGAGGUCUAUGUUAACCCUUUAAGUCCCAAUAGUGACCAACAGCAAAUUUCUCCUACCAAUAUCCAUACAUUGUCAUGAGAUUAGGUUAUGAGAAUUAAUAAAAUGAUCACCUCAGAGAAAAUACUUUGAUCUUUUAUCUCUUAACUAAUUCUUAAAGGAAAUGUAUAGAGAUCAGUUUGGAGAAUUUGUAUGUGGAUAUUUGGGCUUAAAGGGUUAAUAGGCAUUUCUAUAGGAUGGAUACUCCCCCUGAAAUAGACGACUUGAGUUACCAUUAGCAUUUUUCAAGUGAAAAUGAAAAGUCAUUUGCCUGGCAGGAAAUUCUACUUGUUUAUGUCCCAGACAACCAGAAGGCCCUUUUUUGAGCCCUGAAAAGGAGACACUAGCUUUUACAUAAUGUUUCUGUGGUAGUCAAUAAAAUUAUUUUGACUGUGUUUCAGGUUGAUGCUGUACCUACUUUAUACAUAGAAAGUGUUCAUUUUCUUACAUGUAAGAUAUAUAUAAUAUUUUUUGCUUCAGCAACAAAGAACUAUGGCAACAUCUUGAACAUGCAGAAAAUGAAGGCCAAAUUCUGUUCAGCUGGUCUAAUUCUUUUAGCCAGCACAAGAAGUUUUUGUCUCUUUGUAUCUGCCCAGAGAGACCUCCCCCUCUUCAGGUAAUAAUAAGUGAGCUUACGCAACAGGACGGGAGAGGAAAGAAGACGAUAAACCUUGUGUGACAAGCAUGACAAUAAUUUUGUUUGAAAAACUUGUCCGCCGAACUUCACCCUCCUUUAAACGGGUCUUUUUGUAAAAGACCAGAACACAUUAACUUAAGUGAAGAUCACCACAAAACACAUAAGUAAUUGGCCGGUCAUGUUUGUCACACACAAGUGUUUUGCCAUCCUCUUCUUUCAUCCUCAACUGUCUUGUUGCAUAAACUCACUAUUUACUCGCAAGUGCAUCUUUAAAAAAUAAUUAUCAUUAACUCUUAAGUAGUAAUAUCAACAAUCAAUUCUUAUUAAUUGAGUGAUUAAUUAACUAAAUGUAUUAAUCUUUCGAUAGUUAUGUUACAUUAUCAGUCCUUUUCACCUUAAGGCUGCCAAGUACAAAGAUAGACAGAUUUAGAAACAACAUCACAAUGGAAAAUUCGAAAUUAAAGGUCCACAGAAAGUAGUGAAUCCUACUUUCAGUGAUUGAUUUUCCACUUGCCAUUGUUCAAAAUCAUUGUUAGAACUGUGUAUGCUGUUAUCACUGCCACGGCAUUUUCAUUUUGUAAAUCUGCCUAAUAUCCAUUAAAAUCCAAUGAAAAUAUGCAGUGCAGCUCAGAGAUAAGCAUUACCCCCACCACCACCUGCAAUAAAUUCAUUCAUUUCAUGACAAAAAUAUAAAUAGCACCAUACUGUAGGAAAGUACCACCAGGUACAUUAGCAAACCUCUCCUUCAUGGCAGAGUAACCCUCCAAAACCUUUUUCAUCCUAGGUGGGGUCAAUGUUAAAGCCAAUAGUGUCAUCACAGUUCCCACCUUUUGGAGGAGGACAAGUAAGUUACUAGUCAUAAGAUUAUUGAGUCUCAUCUUCAUUAUCAAGAUGAUUGACAUAAUAAAGAAAAAUCACAAUAUCAUACACCUAUCCCACAUAUUUUAUCAUUUGCAGACUCAAUCUGGCGAGCUUGUAACUUUCUGCAGGCAUGCAUGCAAAUUUCUUCUCAGCAGCUUUACAUUUUCCAUGGCCAUGCAUUAGUUUUUUUAUUCAAAUUCGAGUGCGCGUUUAUAGUCGUAGUUUGCGUUAUAACAAACUUUUUGUUGGCAGUUUUAUCUGAGGAGUGCCGCACAUGCGGUGUGGUACGAAACUAAGUAGUGAUAAAAAUGCCAAGUUGGAUCUCACGUUGACACCAGAUAACCUAGAUUAUCCCAUACAUGUAUAUCUUUCUCAUUUUGCACAUGCAUGUAUCAAUUAACAUAUAUAUCAUACCACUCUCAUAUGAUUCAGUUAAAUGAAAAAUAUAACAAAGAUAACCACUAUGAGCUUAAGAGUCUCGGCCGGUCAGCAGUCAAAUUCACAAGUGCAGGCCAACAUGGAAUGUUGUUGCUUUGUCACAAUCAGGAUUGUCAAGUUUCUUUAGUGGUUUUCAUAGCGGCUGUGAUGUCUUUGAGCGGUUUAUAUUCAUUCUAUGUCCCCCUUCCACUGAUUCAUCAGUGUGAUGCGUGGGAAUGGGAGCUCAUGGCUGGUCUGCAGGGAUUUGCCAGCCAUGGGGGCAGAUUUUAUCUAGCUGCUGGCUUGCUACAGGGGAGCCCUUUGGAUGCCCCAGGCACCCACCCUCGAUUUAGCAAGGCAGCCAGUUAAUUAUACAGGUAGUGUACGGUCACUUCUGUGGUAUAACAUUAAUUAAUUGUAAUGUGUGGGAUCUAUUCACAGCCUGGAGCACUGUUGAUGCCUGCCCCAGUGAGCAAAAUGCCACAGUUUACAUCUGGAUUGGUAAGUUCGGGCUAACUUAUUAUACAUUUUGUAUUUUCUCACAAUACUGUAUAUUAGGUAUUUAGAGUCACAGGAUCAUUUCCUGUAAGCUCUUUACAUUCUUACAAUGUUCAUGAGCUCACUAAGUAAUGAGGUCUUCUAACCGUCUCUUGUUUUAGAAUUAGAGGACCAUGGCUUUCUUUUCCAAAGUUGCAGUUUCCAGUGGUUAAAAAAGCACCAAAGACUGUUUUUUUUCCCUUUUGCAUAAAGAGUUACUAAGUGAUGAUUUAUUUUUUUCCUUUUUUUUCCUUUUGGGUUAAGGAUUUCUUGGAGCCCCUGAAGGGAUCACAGGCGGCAGUGCAAUCCCCACUUCAAAGCAAGGAAUCUAUGCAAGGUUCAAGUCAUCCUAUGGCCCUCCCUGACCUUAGUGUAAGUGUGAACAGAGAUGUUUUAAAAUUGCCCCAUCACUAAUCGGGUGGUGGCAGUGUUUACCGCCGUUAAGUUCUGAUAGGUUAUGUCAAAAACAGAAAGCUACUUUUUGUGAAAGGUUUGAACCCAGGAGUCAUUUUAUAAGUUGAUGGAGCAUGAUCAUCCACAUGAUCGUGGUCCUGAACAGGACUGUUGUUGGCAACCCAGGCUAGUAUCACAGGCCAGUAGAAAUGUGUUUACCUAAUGGUAUCGGUAUUCAGGCUGUUGCUGUUGAAUUUUAAAAGCUGUUUGUUUUUGUUUUCAGUUUAUAAUGGGUGACAGCCUAAAGUGCACAUCUUCAAAACCAGGUGAGCGAGUCAAUUAAGUUUAAAUGUGUAGGAUGCAACAGUUUUUUGUGUCUUCUUAACCAGACUUUCCAACCCUGAAGAUAUAGCUUUUGAAGUUACUAGAAGCAAUCAGGUUUGCAUAGUUCAUCAAGACUGCUUUAUAUGUAUUAUGCCACUUGUGUGAUAGCCCUUAAAAUGUCAGCUUUUGAAUCUUUUUCCAGUGUACAAUUUACGUUUAGAACUCAGUUAAUAAACCAAACUUUUUUAUUGUACCACCAAUGCAGUACCUCAGUUUCUUGUGAAAUUGAUUCCUUUAUUCAUAAGACUCUGCAGGAUGGAUAGGGUCAUGCUGUUUUUAAUUCUAUAGUUAAAAAAAGUAUUGAGCUGUUAAUUCUUAAAUCAAGCAAUACUUUCUCUGAAUCAAUGUCUUGUUGGGAUUCUAUCUUGUCACUAGUCAGGGAUAAAGGCAUGCAUUUUCAUGAUUAAAAUCAAGUGAGAAUUUCUCUGAAUCAAUUUCUGGAAUUUGAUAUUGUCACUAGUCAUUGAUGAAGGCAUGCAUUUUCAUGAUUGUGGAAAUUGCUGGGAAAACCUAUAAUAGCAAGCAAUAGGAGACACCUCCAGUAGUAUAACCUAAUCAGUAAUGAUAUCUGAUUGACGAAAAGUAUUAGAGUUUUACUGUCAAACUGACAAAAGCAUGAACAUCUGAAAUAUAAAUAUUUUCAGGAAUGUUUAUUGUCCUGUAACCAAUCAAAACAAAGAUUAGGACACGCAAGCAAGCCAAAAAACCACAAACUAAUAACUGCUGUUGCUCCUAGUUGAGUUUUCUCAUGCCUCACAAUAACACUCCAUAAAUAUUUUUGGGUUCUUUGAGUUUUGCAGCAAAUGGUAGAAGUCUAAACAAUGAAAAACUUAGAAGGAGCAAAAACUUGGUAGUAAAACUAUUAGCAGAGCUCUACAUGUGCGCAAGCAAGCGGAGUCCCAUACUUUAGAAAAAUUGGUUAUCUAUCCAUCUGAGAAAUUUGGGUGAUCAUGUAACCGUAUGCCCAUCCACCAGUUCGUCCACACCACAGGGCACCCAAUGUGCAAUGUCAAAUUUUCUAGCUAGUGUGGGAGCUUGUGACCUGUGUUAACCUGAUAAUAGACAUCCAUGUUAUGGUCAAUUGAUCAGUGUCAAAAAAAUGUAUCCGCUGACCAGCGUCACUUGAUGGUAUCAUGGGCUCAGGUGCCAACUCAUUGAAGUCACAUGUUUUUUUUAAGUUUUCCACUUACCAGUUGUUAGCAUUUAAUUGAUCGCGGGCUCAAAUUUGUUUUUCAGUCGUUUGGUUUUCCCAUAAAGUUAAGUAUAGAUUUGUGGUCUUUUCAAUAGUUUAAAAGUCCAUUCUCUGCAGUAAAUUUAAAAUGCAUAAACAGGAGCUUCGCUUUUAGCUCUGGUUAAAUCUAUAAUGAGUAUGUGCUUGCUUCUCUUAUAACUCUGCAGUGAAUAAGGACUUCUGACUAGAUAAGUUAAGAUAUAUAUUAGGUACAUUUGUUAGCUAAAACACUUUAUCAAUCUUAAUCUCCUGUUAUGCUUAUUUUGAUAGAUGUUAAGGACAACAUAUCAGAUACCACAUCUGAGUCAUCUUCACUUGAUCUUGAUUUCUUUGCACCAAGUAUAAGCCAGCCUCAAGAGGGAAAGACAGGUACCUAGCUUAUUUUGAAAUUAUUCUUGAAGGAUGCCUACAGUUAUUUUUAAGAAUGGAAAGAAAAAAGAUCAUAAAUCAGAAUGUGGAAAAAAAUUCAGAACCCACAACAAAAUGCUAUUUUUCAGGUUUCUUGAAAUUUCUUUUCUUUUGUUUGUGCAAGGAUUAUUUCUUCAUUUAAUUUCAUUAUGUCUUGUCUUGUACAUUUGAUUCGUCAUGUAUUUUUUCUUAUUAUUCAAUUUCUGCUGAAAAGUUUUUACCUCAAUCACCGGGGCUUCACCAUGUUCCUGAGAAAUUGUUGAUCAAGAACAAAAAAAUGCUCCAAAUACCCCCCAAUAUAGCCGCAACUUGUUUUAGAUCUCUUUAAAACCCACCUUCCAUAGAUGGGUGUGUGGGGAAGGUGCCUGGUCAAACUGAGGGAGCUGCAAGUGAGCUUGGAAGGUAACCAUGACAACCCUGUGAGUGGCCUCUGCGAGGCGCUGUCACACUGAGAACCUCGGUGGAGAUUGUGGCUGAUACUUGCCAUAUAUUCAGAGGGAAGGGUGGGCUGGAGGCAAGAACAGUUAAAUUGACUGUACCCGAAGGCCAGACUGCUGGGUAUACUUGUUAUUUUUGGCUAGUUGGAGCUUCUUUCCUUGCUUUUUUUCAUUUUUUAGAGUCCAGAGGUCUCUAUGAAGAAGACUUAUUGGGGCUUAACAUUUCAUUAUCUUCAGUGGAUCAACAAAAGUUGGACAGUCCAAAACCUCAGAAGACAUCAGACACUAAGAAAGUUUGGCAACGUGGAGGGAUAACGAUUCCACUUUCAUCACAGGGAAAACAAGCUCAAUUAAGUGCUGCAGCCAAGAAUAUUUUAGAUCAACUUGAAGAUUUAGCCUUCAUGAAUUCACCUGUACUGAUGUUUCCCCUAAAGCCUGAAUAA